AUGGACAUAGUUGGAAUGGUCACUCGUUUACCAACACUUGUGUUUGGUGCUUCACGAUGUGAUGAUAGUUUUGCCGAUCGGCUAUCAUACAAAUAUACUGUAUUAAUGCUUGUCGUAUUUGCUAUCAUUGUUACUAACAAACAAUUUGGAACAAAACAUAUUCAGUGUUGGGUUCCAGCGCAGUUUACAAAAAAUUAUGAAGAUUAUGUGAACGAUAUUUGUUGGGUUUCGAACACGUAUUAUAUUCCGCUCGAUGAAAAAGUACCCAAAAUUGAUAGCGUUCGUAGGCAAAAUGAACUGGUAUGUACAUUUUUAAUACCAUUUUGUUUUUAUUUUCCACAUCUUGUGUGGCGCUCACUAUCACGGCGAAGUGGUAUUGACGUUCGAGAUAUCAUCGAUGCUGCAAUUAAUUAUAAAUCGGUUGAUACAGCAACGAAAGACGAUAAUCAUAAAACAGAACUAAUGGAAUACAUUGUAGAAGCUAUUGAUAAAUAUGUGGAUGAUCCUCGACGUCAACCUGAUGAACGCGGAACAAAAAUUAGUAUAAAACGUUUAUUUAUGACAAUCUGCAUUUUUUUAGGAAAAUAUCUAGGUAAUUAUUUAAUUAUUGUAUAUUUUACAACGAAAGCAUUAUAUAUUACAAAUGCCGUUUGUCAAAUAUUUUUAUUAAAUCUGUUUCUUGGCCAAAAAUUUCAUCUAUUUGGUAUACAAGUUGUUAAACGUAUUAUUGAAGGAAAAGGCUGGGAUACAAAAUCAAUUUAUUUUCCAAAAGUGACACUAUGUGAUUUUCAAAUACGUGAAGCAUUACAUCCAAGAGAUUCUCAUCGUUAUACUGUUCAAUGUGUAUUACCAUUGAAUCUUUUUUCGCAGCAGUCAAUAUUUGAUGUCAUCGUAUGGGUUACACGCUUCUUCCCGGAUAAACAAUAUAAUUAUAUUAAACGUCGUCUUCAAUUGAUGAAACGUGAUACUGAUUUUAAUCAACAACCACCCGAAUACGUUCAAGGAUGGUACAAAGAAUUUAUAUUUGGUUAUUUGGAACCGGAUGGAAUAUUUAUGUUACGAUUAUUGUCAUCAAAUACAAGUGAUUUUGUUUGUACGGAAGUUAUUAACCAAUUAUGGCAAGCCUACUAUCAUAAAGAUAUUAAAGAAAUCUCACGUAAACGUCGACGAGAAUUAGGGGGUGACGUGUAUGUUCCUCCGGUACAACGACAAGUAUCCGAGCCACCAGAUUUAACAGAAUCCUAUGAUACAAUUCGUCGACGAGCUAAUUAUCCAUCGCCAUCGCCCAUUUCAAACGGUGGUAUGCCCCUAUUUUCGUCGUCAAAAAAUGCAGGUACAUCAUCGUAUAAAAAUUUAUUACAACGAAAACGGAUUGACGUGUGUAAUUAUAAUAAUUUGCAUGUUAAGGUGCAAAACAAAUUUGUUUUACCAUCAACGUUACCACCCUCCUUCUUAGCCGAUACAACACUACCGGGAGCAGUUGGCAAUGCGUUUUCUAUGUCAAGGGAUAAUGCAGUUUUGACGGGGAUGUCAAUGCCCUCGUUAAUUUCCGGUGUACCUGUAGCAAAAACAUUCUUACCAUCGAUCCAAACGAUAAAUGCACCAACUUCAUCUUCGACAAUUGCUGCUCCUUUAACAAUAACUGGAUUUCCAAUCUAUCGUGCUGCUGUACCCCCCUACACUCAUUCCACGGGAAAUUUAUUAAAGUCUGGUAUACCAUCACCUAUGUUGCCUCCACUCACACCGCCAUUACGCUCAAAAUAUUUACAACAAUUUCAUGCAUUAGUUGAUAUAACAAAAACAAAUGGUUUUAUGAGUGCUUCACAAGCAAAAACUAUCCUUCAACAAACUGGUUUACCUCAACCUGUUCUACACCAGAUAUGGACAUUAGCCGAUUACGAUAAAGACGGUAAAUUAACAUCAGAUGAAUUUAUUAUUGCGAUGCAUGCAUGUGAAGUAGCCAAAAUGGGGAUACAAUUACCACCACGUUUACCAGACGAAUGGUGUACUCAACAGCAAGAACGAAAAUUAUCAUUUGGAAAUACUAGUGGACCAAAAUCAAAUGGAUCACUAUUUUCAUCAUUAAAUCAAGAACUCAAAGAUGUUUUUAAAACGACUGAUACUACUAAACGAAGAGCUGAAACAACGGCCAAUGACUCUGUUGCGACAGCGACGGUUGAUUCAACUGGUUCACCAGCAGCAGAUAGACGAAAUAGUGUAACAUCCUAUGAAGAUAAACGACGAAUGAAUUAUGAAGAUGGUAAUAAAGAAUUAGAACGACGUCGUCAAAUGUUAAAAGAAAUAGAAGAACGUGAACAACGAGAACGUGAAGAACGAGAACGUUUAAGAGAAGAAAAAUUACAAAAACAAAAAGAUGAACAAGACAGAAAAAAACAAAUGGACUUAGAAAAACAAUUGGAACGUCAACGACAAAUUGAACAACAACGAGAAGAAGAAAGAAAAAAAUUAAUUGAACAACGUGAAACUGCACGUAAAGAAAUGGAACGUCAACGUCGUUUAGAAUGGGAACGUCAACGUAUGCAAGAGUUAUUAACACAAAAAUCACGUUUAACUGAACAAAUUAAUGACAUGAAAUCACGUGAAAAAGGUAUUGAAUUAGAAUUACAAAGUAUGGAUGAUAAAAUAGAAACAUGUCAGAAUAAAAUUCAACAAACAAAUAAUUCUAUACAUAAUAUUGAUGAUGUCAUAGCAAAUAUUCAAAAAAAUAGCGCAACACAAAAAUCGGAAUUAGAAAUGUUAGAGCAAGAAACAAAAGACUUGAUAUCACGAUUAGCAACAACACAAAGUGAAAAAGAAGCUCUUGAAUCAUCAUUAAAACAGUUGAAUCAAUCAAAAGAGUUUGGUGGUACAAAUCGUGAAUCUGAUUUGGUACAAGUGGUUAAAAGCCAAAUAGAAAACUUCAAAACUGAAAAUGUUCGCAUAGAUGAACAAAUUGCAACAACAUCGGCUACUUGUCAAGAAUUUCAAAAUCAAAUGGAACAACUUCGUACUAAAUUAAAUCAAUUAGAGAAUGAAGCAAGAACAAAAGUGAAGAAAGAUGAUACAACGAAAGUCGUCUCUCCAGUCUCAACUACAUCGUCGCCAAAUUAUGAUGUAUUUUAUUCUGCUUCUUCUGCUACAAAUAAACAAAAUUCUUUUGAAAUUGAAAACAAAACACCAACAUCAUUGUCCACUUUUGAUGCCAUCGAGAUUGAUCCAUUUCAAACCGUUGAUCCAUUUUCAUCAAAUACUAUUGAUCAACAAUUACAUCAGACACAAGAGAAUAAUACUGAUUGGUUUCAACAACCACAUACAGCAGCAAUUCAAGAUAGUCUGUCAGAAGUGACUAAUGAUCCAUUUAGUGCGAAAUAUAUACCUGACAGUGGUUCUCUACCAACAACUGAUCCAUUUUCUUCACAAGUUGUUGAGGCACCAUUGAAAACAACAUCGAAAAAAGCUGCUCCAAAAGUAUCAAUAAAAGAAAAAGAUCGACAAUCGCAACAACAAUUUGAUCCAUGGGGGAGUAGUUCAACAAAACAAAAUAAUGGUUUUGACAAUGUUGGUAAUAAUUGGACACCAUUUAAUCCACCAGAAAAUAAUGGAUCUCCCACGACUGGAUGGCCUCAACAAACUCAGACGGAUACUUGGGCCAAUACCGGUACCUCAUCCAAGACGAAUUUAAUCAAAUAUCGAGCUAUAUUCAAUUAUGUAUCAGAUCGUGAAGAUGAAUUAUCUAUUUCGGUUGAUGAUGAAAUUUGGGUUGAUCCUGCCAUGCAACAACAUGAAGGAUGGCUUUAUGGACAAUUGAAUCAAAAACAGGGUUUAUUUCCGGCUAAUUACGCUGAAGUUGCAGUUGAACAACCGAUAACUAACGUUCCUGUUCCAGUAGCUGUUCCAGAUACCACUUCUAUAUUGAAACCGGGUACACUAGUUAUUACAAUGUUGGAACUUCAAGGAAAAACUCCGGAUAAACAUCUUUCAUUUGCGAAAAAUGAAUUGAUAGAAGUUAUAGAUCAAAAAGAUUCAUCAUGGUAUAGAGGAAAAUUAAAAGGCAAAUUUGGCUAUUUUCCUCGAAAUUAUGUACGAAUACCAACUGAAGCCGAACUAAAUCAGUUUAAAAAUUCACCAAAAACAAGUCCAACAAGUGAAAAAUCUGUUACAUCACCGACACAUAUAUAUCCAAAUUUAUCUGAUAUGACAAUGAAUGAUGAAACGGUUAUCUACCGUUCACCAACAGUAGUACCCACGUCUUCAUCUGUUAACAGACACUUAAGUUUGAGAUCUGUUGCCAUGCCUGAUAUAUACGAAACAUUAUUUUCUUAUGUUGGUAGUGAUCCAGAUGAUUUAAGUUUUAAUGUCGGUGAACAUGUUAUAGUAUUAAAACGCGAUGGUGAUUGGUGGAGAGGAAAAAUUGGUGACAGAGAGGGAACAUUUCCCUAUAAUUAUGUUGCAAAAGUUGAGAAGCCAUUACAAGAGACAGCUACUGCUAUUUUGCCAUAUAAAGCAACGGACAAAGGUCAAAUAUCUUUUAAUAUUGGUGAAAUAAUUUAUAUACAUAAAAAAGGUGAUAAAGGCUGGUAUCAUGGUGAACUUCGUCGACCUGGCGAAGCGAUUCAAGUUGGAUGGUUUCCUGCUAAUUGUGUUCAAUUACAAUCAUCAUCUUUAGAUGCUCAAUCACCGUCAGCAAUGCCAACUGUUCUACAAUCACCAACGUCUAGUUCAUCAUCAAAUCCAAAAGUGAAAGCUAUUUAUUCAUAUCAAGCACAACAUAAUGAUGAAUUAAGUUUUGAACAAGAUGAAAUAUUAACAAUUAUUAGUGAAGCCGGUCAGGGAUGGUAUAACGCAAAACUUGGUGAUAAUGUUGGACUAGUCCCGUCCACAUACGUCAGUUUAAUAGAAAACUUUGAAAUAACAAAUCAGAUAGUUCCAACAUCGAAUUCGACACACUCUAUUCACAAUUCUUCUCGUUUAUCAGCCAUUCGUGAGCUAAUUGAAACUGAACAACGUUAUGUAAAUGAUUUACGAACAGUAGUCAAUGAAUUUAUAAUACCAGCAACAAAUUACAAUAUUUUAUCAUCUACGGAUAUCGAUUCAUUAUUUAUAAAUUGGUAUGAGUUAAUUGCGUGCAAUGAAAUAUUUCUUCAAGCAUUAGAAACACAAAUUACACCAUUGUCAGCGACACUGUCUAAUAGUGAACAAGAUAAUCGUCCAAUAACAUCACGUUCAUCUUCACUAUCAAAUAUAAAUCGAAUAAAUCGAUUAAAUGUACCAUCUUUUAAUCGUUCAUCAAUACAAUCUUCAAGUCUAUCAACAUCACCGUCAUUACAAAAUCUAAAACAUCGACAACAUCAACGUCAUGAACGAUCACCAUCUGUUCAUUCUGCUACAUCGGAACAUUCACAACCAAUAUCACAACAACAAGAUAUAACAUUUAAUAUUUCUGAUGAUGUAUCAAUUGGUGAUAUUCUAUGUGAACAUAUACCUCAUAUGGGUAAAGAUUAUUUUCGUUAUUGUAACUCUCGUACAUAUGCAAAUAAAUAUUUACAAGAAAAAUUAGAACCAAAUGAUCAAUUUCGAGUAUUAUUACAAAAAUUUCAAGAAAAAUGUGGUGGUUUAGGUUUGAAUGGAUAUUUAAUGAAACCAAUUCAACGUGUAACACGAUAUCCUUUAUUAAUUGAAAAAAUUUUAAAAAAUACCGAUGAAAACCAUUGUGAUUAUUUUUUAAUUAAAGAAGCCUAUGAAAAAGCAAGAAAUUUAAAUGAAGAAAUAAAUAAACAAAUAAGUGACCAAGAAAAUUGUACAAAACUGGAUUGGUGUCAACAACAUAUUCGACUAGAAAAUGAUGAUGAUAUGUAUUUAUAUGACGAAUAUCUUGUCUUUAAUUCGUUAACAACAUAUAAUAGUAAACGAAAAUUGUUGUUGAAUGGAAUACUGACAAAAUCAUCACAUGGAAAAGAAUUGAUUGGAUUUUUAUUCAAUGAUUUUUUAUUAUUUGCCACCACCAAAGCAUCCUCAUCGCACGUACAGUCACAAUUAUUUGAACCAAAAACAAAUUUACAGUUUAAAAUGUAUAAAACGCCGUUAUUUUUAUCUGAUAUAUCAUCUGCACAUGAAGCAUUAAACGAUCAAUUAACAUUUUCAAUAACAACAAAAAUUUAUGAUAAACCAAUUGUCUUGAAAGCACCUCAAACAAAUGUUCGAACGCUAUGGGUGAGAGCAAUCAAUGCCAGUGUUGAAGAAUGUCUAUUAGCUGAAAAAUCAAUAUUAGCCGAGAAAGCUGUUUUUUCGAAUACAGACAAUCGUUUAUCAAAACCGAGUAUCGCCCGUUUAAUGUUAUUUGUACAAGAAGCAACGGAUAUAAUGCCAUCGACUAAAACACUUAAUCGACAUCGUAGUAUUGAUCCAUAUUGUGAAAUAACCGUUGGUAAUUUAACAUUAAAAACACGAUUUGUUAAACGAAGUAUCCAACCAAAAUGGAAUACACCGAUGCAAUUUAUGUUAACAGAUUUUGAUAUGGAUAUUAUUCAUAUUUCAAUUUAUGAUCAUGAAUUUUUUUCACCACCCGAAUGUUUGGGUUCAACGUCAUUAUUACUAAGUGAUUUAUUACUAGAAUCGGGUAAUGAUCCUCGUUCAUCAAAAAUGUUAGAACAAGCAUCAGUUCCAUUUACACAAACAGUAUAUUUAAAUAGUGGGUGUUCAAUAAUAAUUAAAUAUUAUAUUCAACUUUUAUCGUCUCCUUCGGCAUCCUAA